GCGAUAUAUAUACGGAACAGUCGAGUAGCUUUCCCGUCAAACCGUACGAUCGAAAGUUUCUGCCAGUUCCUCAAGAUGCUGCCAUUGAUGCUAAGCGCCGUUCUGGCAGGAUUGCUGUUAUCUGCGGACGCCGGGCAGCACCACCAGAGGCACCAGGGCGGCCGUCAGCACCAGGGUGUUGGACAAAGUGGGCGUCAAGGUCAGGGCCAAGGUGUAGGACAAAGCGGACGUCAAAGUCUGCAAGGUCUCCUAAGUCAGGGCCUAGGUCAGGGCCAAGGUCAGGGCCAAGGUGUAGGACAAAGCGGACGUCAAAGUCUGCAAGGUCUCCUAGGUCAGGGCCAAGGUCAGGGCCAAGGUGUAGGACAAAGUGGACGUCAAAGUCUGCAAGGUCUCCUAGGUCAGGGCCAGGGUCAGGGCCAAGGUGUAGGACAAAGCGGACGUCAGGGUCUGCAAGGCCUUCGUGGCCAGUAUCAAGGCCUCGGUCAAGGACAAAGUCUUGGACGAAGCGGCGUUUACGGUCAGCAUCAAGGCCUCGGACAGAGCGGGCGCCAAGGCGGUUACGGUCAGCAUCAAGGCCUCGGACAAAGCGGGCGCCAGGGCGUUUACGGUCAGCAUCAAGGCCUCGGACAAAGCGGCCGCCAAGGCGUUUAUGGUCAGCAUCAAGGUGUCGGACAGAGCGGACGUCAAGGCCUUCAAGGAACGUCGCGGUAGGACCUGGUUCUGGGGCAGGAACACGGCUAGGGUAAGGUGCUAAGAGCUAAGCCUACUUUACAUGGACGUGGAGACGAUGGAAACAUAACGUUACCCUAAUGAACUCCGUAUUAUGACACAUAGGUCGCAAUAAAGUUGUAUUUUGAAAAGUU